AAGUCGUUACUCAAUUUCGUGGAUAUAAUCCUGAGAAAUUCUCAGGACAAGGAGAUCCUCGUCUAGUGGAGGAGUGGAUUCAGGGUCUCGAAACUAUUUUUGAGAUCACUGAAUGCACAGAAAGGCAGCGUAUUAUUUGUGCUCAAAUGCAAAUGACCAGAGAUGCUCGGCUCUGGUGGAACUCCUACUGGGGCAUGCGUCCUGGGGAGAAAGAAAAUCUCACUUGGAUGCAAUUCAAGGAGAUGAUGGAAGAGAAAUACUAUACAGCUCACUAUCGGGCUGAGAUGGAACGUCAAUUUUUGGCAUUAAAACAAGGAAAUCGUACAGUUGAUGAGUAUGAGAGAGAGUUUACUAGAUUGGGAUCUUUU